UAAGAGAUAUUUAAAAAUUUUCCAUUUCUAAUUGUUCAUUGCUAGUAUAUAGAAAUACAACUGAUUUUUGUAUAUUUGAUUUUGUAUCUCGCAACUUUUGUAAACUCACUUAUUAGUUCUAGCAGCUUUUUUGUAGUAUUCCACAAUUUUCUUAUGCAAAUAAAUGCAGUGCUACAACUUCCUUUCCAACUUGGAUGACUUUUAUAUAUUUGUCUUUUUUUAUUUCAUUGACCAGAACUUCCAAUACAAUGUUUAAUUGCAGGCAAUCUUUACAGAGUAAUAUUUCUAACUCCCAGGCCCGGAUUAGGCUGAACUAUGGAAUCUUGUUGAAUUUGAUAUCUUUUGGAAUUUAUUAAAUCAUUAUUUAUACUUCAUUUUUAAGCUUUUCCCUUUUCCAGUGUUCAAAUAUUCAUCAAAUGUUCAAAUAUUGAACAACUACCAUGCUGGUUGUCAGGGAAAUAAUGGUGCACAAACAGGCAUGGACCUAGCACUAAUGAAGUCUUACCGUACUACCGAGGCAGUUUAAAACAGGAAUUAAAAACACAGGUUCAGGGUUCUGUCUGCUUGGGUUUGAAUCUGGCUCUGCUCCUUAAUGGUUGUUUGACCUUGGAAAAGUUAAUCGACUUUGCUAAGCCUGUGUCUUAGUGAAGGUAUUAAUAAUACCUACUCACAGGAUUGCUGUGAAGAUUAAACGAAUUAAUACCUUUAAAGUCCUUAAAAUACGGUUUGACAUAUAGUAAAUGGUCAAAGAGUAUUAUUAUUAGAGGGAAGAAUUAGCUCUUCACAAGGUGAAUCUACAAGUGACUGGUGAAGGAGGGGUGUCCAAACAAGAAACAUAAAAACCAGUUUAACUGCUAAGCAUAGAGGCAGCAGUGUCAGCUGUACCUGGGUUAGAAUCCUUGCUCUGCUGUUUAUUGUCUAGGCAACUUUGAGCAGACGACUUAAACAAGAGCAAUGCCUGUAAAGUGCCUAGUGCAGUAUUUGGCACACAACAGAUGCUUAAAAGACAGCAAUUAUUGAUUCAGACGUCCCGCAGAGCAGUAAUAUCACUAACGUGUUCAUCAUCAUAUAUAUCAUUUAUCAAAGCUCAGGAUUUUGAACCUUGUAAUUACUUUUCAUACAUUCUCUUAUGCUUAACAACUCGGCUAGGUGAACACAAUCUAUUUCCUCAUAAAGAAACAAGAUGACCUUUGUGUAUCUAUGAUCAGUGGGGAGGCUGGAGGUCUGGGAAGUGGUACCUUGGAGCCCAACUGUUGACCAAACCAGGGCUCUCAGUGCGGCCUUGGUCGCCAGCGGGGCGCUCGACUUUCCGCUCCGGAGAUGGCACCAGGAGAGAUGGGAGUCUGCCAGGCCGUUUCCAUGGCCACCUCAUGAAGUCCCUGCUCCGGGAGCGUGACAGGCGAGACUCUCCUUCGCCGCCACCUCUCGGUCUCAGAUGACCAUCUGGGCUCGAAAGCCCUCAGGAGCUGCGGAGCGCGGGUCGGUAGGGGCGCUGCAGAGGAAGGUUGGGCGCCGUCUCCAGGCAACGCGCGGGGGGCGGGGCUUUGCGUCACAGAGGUGCGACCGGGUCCCGGCCUGAGUCGCCGCCACCCGCAGGUCUGAGCUGUGGACUGAGGCGGCGCAGCCGCUGCCGCAGGGUGCGCGAUGCCUUGAACCUGGGAAACUAUGUGAAGCAACACUCUGGAUUUUGAAAGACAUCUUUUCAUCAUGGGACAGCAAAUUUCGGAUCAGACACAGUUGGUUAUUAACAAGUUACCAGAAAAAGUAGCAAAACAUGUUACAUUGGUUCGAGAGAGUGGCUCCUUAACUUAUGAAGAAUUUCUUGGGAGAGUAGCUGAGCUUAAUGAUGUAACGGCUAAAGUGGCUUCUGGCCAGGAAAAACAUCUUCUCUUUGAGGUACAACCUGGGUCUGAUUCCUCUGCUUUUUGGAAAGUGGUUGUACGGGUGGUCUGUACCAAGAUUAACAAAAGCAGUGGCAUUGUGGAGGCAUCACGAAUCAUGAAUUUAUACCAGUUUAUUCAACUUUAUAAAGAUAUCACAAGUCAAGCAGCAGGAGUAUUGGCACAGAGCUCCACCUCUGAAGAACCUGAUGAAAACUCAUCCUCUGUAACAUCUUGUCAGGCUAGUCUUUGGAUGGGAAGGGUGAAGCAGCUGACCGAUGAGGAGGAGUGUUGUAUCUGCAUGGAUGGGCGGGCUGACCUCAUCCUGCCUUGUGCUCACAGCUUUUGUCAGAAGUGUAUUGAUAAAUGGAGUGAUCGACACAGGAAUUGCCCUAUUUGUCGCCUACAGAUGACUGGAGCAAAUGAAUCUUGGGUGGUAUCAGAUGCACCCACUGAAGAUGAUAUGGCUAACUAUAUUCUUAACAUGGCUGAUGAGGCAGGCCAGCCCCACAGGCCAUGACCUUGAAGUGAAAGUCUUCUGUUGCUAUUGUGGGCUCAAAUAUUUGGUCGUGGGGGAAGAAUGUAGGGUUGUGGCACUGGCACAGACACAGAAAAAUCCAUUUUCCCCACUCUUUUAUUUUUGCUAUUCUGAUCAUUUGUCCCCCUUUUAAAAAUAAACUUCCCAUGUCUUCCAUUUGUGGUACUAAAAUUUGCUACUGUUUUAGACCAUAUUUUCCUAUUAUUUAUCUGUUCAAAUUUGUAUUAUUACAACUAAUAACUCUUGAAUUCUUUGCUAAAGGUAACAGCAACACUUCCAGAGGCUUCUGAAACACUACUGUUUUGCAGGGCAGGAGUAUUCUGGAAUCCUUUUACUUAGAUAUAAAAUAAACCUCGAAUAUUAAAAAGUUGUAGCCAUCUGAGAGAGGAAAGUUUAAGUGACUGAAAAUGUAGAAUACUUCAACGUGCAUGUUACUACUUAAAACUAGUCUUUCUGCUGGAAUCUAAGGAGUAUAUAUAUAUAUAUGCCCCCUUGUGGUUAAUUAUUGCUCCUUUAAUAAUUUUUACUUGAAAUGAUCCACAAUUAUUUCAUAACUUUAGCAGUGUGUUUUGGAACUACUGUACUUAAAGGUUUGUUUGUUUGUUUGUUUUUGCCAUACUGUAUAAUUUGGGUGAGGUCUACAAAAUUGGGUGUGACUUUCCUUUGCAAAUGGAUUUCUCUUGGGGAAUUUUCUUGGCUGUUCUGGAAAUGCUUUCCCACAGCUGGGUAACUGUUCUAAAUGGCUUUGAUAAUGCUCACACAUCUUGGAGUUUCAGAAGGAAAUUAUUCUGCAUCACAAAUACUAAAUUUUAUAUUUCUAAAUUACUAUAGGUCAUUUAAUAUUGGUUUAUGGUGCUUUUAUUUCCUUAACUUGAAAACAUCUUUCUGAGAUUUCAGAGUCCUCAAAUUUCUUAGAUUAAGAGACAAGAGGCCAGUGCAGUGGUUCACACCUGUAAUCCCAGCACUUUGGGAGGCCAAGGUGGGCGGAUCAUUUGAGGUUAGGAGUUUGAGACCAGCCUGGCCAACAUGGCGAAACCCUGUCUCUACUAAAAUACAAAAAUUAGCUGGGCAUGGUGGCAGGUGCCUGUAAUCUCAGCUACUCGGGAGGCUGAGGCAGAAUUGCUUGAACCCAGGAGGUGGAGGUUGCAGUGAGCCGAGAUCACACCACUGCACUCCAGCCUGGGAGACAGAACGAGACUCCUAAUCAAAAAAAAAAAAAAAAAAGACAAGAAAAUAGAGUGAGGCUUUUUUACCGUAUAUACAUAAAAUACUUAUGAAAAUUAGAUAAUUUGGCAUUCUUACUGUUUCACUGUACUUCCAUUGAAAUACUCUUUCCAUUAAAAUAUUCUGAAAGAAUAUAGUAAUAAUGGAAUUGUGAUCUUCAGUUGCACCUCAACCAUUUUUUUUGCUUAUGAACUAAAAUUUCUAACAUUAACAUUUCAGCAUGUAAUAAAACAAGGGCCCAUCUCCUUUAAAAUUUAACAUUCCAUGUAACUUUUCUGACUUAUCAUUCAUAAGUUGCAAAUAUUACUAUUUUCCUAAACCAGGGUACACAAUUUAAGUUGCCACUUAUUGAUGACAGAAUUUCUGGAUAGUAGGAUUUUAAUAGGCGAUCAAAUAAAAUUCAAAUCAAUUUCAAGGAAAAACAUCUGGCCAGGGGUAGCUUGAUUUCGCCCCCAAAAAUACUGAAGACUAAUCCAUUGACAUUCAUAAUGGGACAGCUAAGUACCAAAUAGCUAACUACUCCCUGUGGAGGUUUAUGCAAGCAGAGUGCCAGGGGUUCCAUCAUAUCAACCUGGCAAUGCACUUAGUGGUUGUGUGACCUUGAGAAAGUCUCUUACUCUUGUUGAUGUGUUCUUACUUUAGAAACUGAGACUUUAUUUGUGGUUUUCACACUAUUUCAGCAGCAAAAACUUUUUCAAGGAAAAUCUUACAGAACCUUUAAACACGUGUGCAUACACACAUACCCUAUACCCCACUAUAUAAAAGUCAUAUUAUUAUACAUUUCCUUAUUAUAUAAACUUUAUAUACUAUAAAUGUGAUUAAGUCAAUGAAUAAAAACAUUAAUGCAUUGGUGAUAUCCAGCAUGUUUGAAUUUGGUGAGUAACACACAUAUAGUGGGAGUCGUUUUUUUAAAAAAAUUUUUUAAUUAAAUUCAAGUCAAAUUUGCAGAACCCUGUAUCUCCUCCAUAGAUUCUUAGUAUUCCAUGGAACAUAUUUUGAAAACCUUGGGAUAGAUGAUCCACUGAAAUCUUUUCCAGCUCUAAGAUUUUAAAUUGUCCUUUCAGAUUAGACUUGCUGAGUUUAAUUCAGAUUACCUAAUUUUAAAAUGUUUCUGAAAAGUGAACAGAGUUACCUUACAGAGUUUUGGAUCUUUCCAGGGAUAGCCAAUGAUUUUAUCCCCCAGAAUCCUUCACCUUUCAAGGAAUUAUUUAACAAUGAGCCCAGUGACCCAAUAGGGCCCAAACCUUUUUAUUUUACAAUAUGAGCUCCAAGACACUUACUGAUCUACUGUGAAUAUAAAAUGUUAUUAGCCUUAUCAAAUAAAUAAAUGAGCACAGCUCUUUGUUCGCUCUAUUAAACUGGGUGAUAAUUAUUUAGAUGUGAAUGUUAGGUCAGUUCUACUACUGUAAUAACUAAUCGUAAAAGUUGUAAAUUUGUUUAAUGGAUGAAAUGUACACUUUUUGUAUUCUGUACAGCUUUGUCUUUUUUAAAUAUGAAGUACUUAAAUGUACUUACUAUGAUAGGAAAUAUAAUGUGUGCCUUCUAGGAUUUGUGAAGUGGUUUCAUGAACUCUAAGGAAUUUGUUUUCCCUAUCCUAACUCAGUAACAGAGGGUUUACUCCGAUUAUGUAUAGAACCUUAGUUUGAGAAAAUGAAUUUUACUAUGUACUGAAUUUAGAGGUUGAGAAUAAUAGGAUCUGUGUUAUUCUUAGUACCCACUGAUAAAUUGUGCAAUAAAUAAUCUUUCGCAAGUAA